AUGGACAAUCAAGAUGGAUCUCGAUUUAGUGUUUCGAAGAUGGAUCUUCAAUUUGGUAUGCAUAUGGAUACCGAUCGAGAUCUGGGUUUUGUUGAAGAAAGUUGCGAAGGGGUGGGGAAAGAAGAGUCUUUGAUGAGACGGACGCUUGCUGAUGCUCAUCUUGACUAUAUUUACACCCAAGAUAAACCACUCUUUCUGAUUCCACCACCACCACCGCCACAAAAAUCACUAAAUAAGGGUUUUGUUGAAGAAAGUUGCGAAGGGGUCGGGAAAGAAGAGUGUUUGAUGAGGAGGACGCUUGUUGAUGCUCAUCUUGACUAUAUUUACACCCAAGAUAAAAACCCUUAGAUAAUUUGUGCGACGGUUUAGAUAUCAUCAAAACGUUUGGUGUUUAUUUUCUUAUUACCCUUAUUAGCAUGUAGUUUGUGUACAUGAAAAAGCGAUAAAAGGGAAAUGAAUGAAUGCGUAUUAAUUUGAGUUAGUUUGCGUUUUUGAGUUAAAUUAUCGUUUGACAACGUUUUAGUUUCUGAUCAUGUU